GCAACGGCGAUGUGACGUUUGUCACAACACGAUAAAUAUUUACCGUUAAUACGUCACCAAAACUUGAAUAAUUCAAAACUUUUCAAAAAUCAGCAAAAAUGUUCAUUUACUUGAGUAAAAAGAUUGCUAUGCCCAACAAUACUAAAAUCAGAGCUAUUGCUUGGAAUAAGCAGGAUGGUUAUAUCGCUGUUGGUGGUGAAAUCGGAUUAUUAAAAGUCCUGAAGUUAGAUAGUUCUACAGACCCAGAAGGGACUUCUAAUAGAGGACUAGCUGCAUCAAGCAAUUUGUCAAUGAACCAAACUCUGGAAGGCCACACUGAUAACAUUAAAGUCUUGGUCUGGAAUGAAUCUCACAAAAAGUUAACAACCAGUGAUGAGAAUGGCGUGAUAAUUGUUUGGAUGUUAUAUAAGGGAGCAUGGCAUGAAGAAAUGAUCAAUAACCGAAAAAAAUCUACAGUUGUUGGUAUGGCAUGGAGUGGAGAUGGCCAAAAAAUAUGCAUUAUAUAUGAAGAUGGAGCUGUUAUAGUUGGCUGUGUUGGGGGAAACAGAAUCUGGGGUAAAGAACUAAAGCAUGUGAAACUAUCUGGUGUGCAGUGGUCACCUGAUGGUAAAUUACUUCUAUUCUGUUUGAAAAAUGGAGAGGUACACUUAUAUGAUAAUCAAGGAAACUUUGUGAUGUAUAUAAACAUUGUAUGUGAUGAUACUAAGUUAGACACAAACCCUAUAGUAGGACUUGACUGGUACAAUGGGACAGAUGGAUAUACUUUUGCAUUUUGCCCAAACCUUGCUAUACUUUUUGACAAUGGAAAGGGCCAGCUUAUGAGAAAUGAAAGUGACACCGAUCCAGUGGUAAUAGAUACAAGAAUGAAAGUAGUGCACUGCAGUUGGAAUCACAAUGGUACGCUUUUGGCUAUUUCUGGAAAGCAACGUAUGGAUGAAAAAGAAGUAAACCUAGUCCAGUUUUACAGCCCUUUUGGAGAGCAUUUACGGACCUUAAAAGUUCCUGGUGUAUCGAUUUCAUGUUGUGUAUGGGAAGGUGGAUCUUUGAGAGUUGCUCUGGCAGUGGAUUCAAAUGUGUUUUUUGCCAAUAUCCGACCAGAUUACAAAUGGUGCUACAUCAAGAAAACUGUAGUUUACGCUUCUUGCAAACCUCCAAAACCUGGCAUAUGUCUCUCGUUUUGGGACACAACCAAUAAUCAAUACCAUACAAGAUGGGUAUCAGUUCUUCUCGCCAUAGCUGGAUAUGGAGAUUAUUGUAUUGCUGCUACUAGAGCUGAAACUGAAGGAUCUUUAGGAAAAUACAAUUUACAGUUGUUCAAUACACUUGGUACAGCAGUUGAUGCUAAGUACAUCACUAUCGAACCGAUUGGCGUUGCAAUGAAUUCCUAUCAGGUUUUUGCUGCAUCUAAGAAUAAUUUUCUAGUGUGGCACUAUAAAACGCCGAAAUCAAUAACAGCUGGAUCUGUCAGAUGCAAGAUGUUCCAUAUAGACGAUAGCCCUUCUGGAGCAGUGGAAAUAAUCCAGGAGCUUGAUAGUAUAAACGCAGUGCCCGCAAGCAUGCAUGACACCAUAGACCCUAUCUGUUGCUUAACUGCUACAGACAGGUGCCUGAUUAUUGGGAGAGAAUCCGGUCUGAUACACUACUACACUCUACCACAUAUUGUCCUUACAAAUAGGUACAAGAAUGCUGCCAGACCUCACAAGAUGACGGUGAAUUGUAAUUCUACGCGUUUGGCGGUUAUAGACGUGGCUGGAGUGAUGACAGUCACUGACAUAUCUGAAGGUGUGGGGAGACCCAAAACUGCUGCCCAAGGUAACAAGUUGGAACGAAAAGAUGUCUGGGCUAUGUGUUGGGCUUCUGAUAACCCUCAGCUAUUAGCUGUCAUGGAGAAAACGCGCAUGUACAUCUUCAAGGGGAUAUAUCCUGAAGAACCUGUUGCUUGCUCCGGGUAUAUUUGCAAUUUCAAUGACCUAGAAAUUCAGGCAGUCCUAUUGGACGAAGUAGUAGACUCACAUGAUAAACCUAGCAAUGAUCACAUCAUCAAGUUGGAAGUUAAGAGUCUAAGAGACACCAGACAGUUGCUAGAAAAAGUUGGCAUCAACGAAGCUUUCCAGUUUGUUGAAGAUAACAGGCAUCCUAGGCUGUGGAGAUUGGUAGCUGAAGCUGCUCUCAAAGAAUUGGAUCUAACAAUGGCAGAAGUAUGCUUUGUAAGAUCGAAAGAUUAUGCGAAAAUUAACUUUGUCAAAAAAUUGAAGGACAUAAAGAGUGAAGCUAUUAGACGUGCUAAGGUUGCUAUUUACUUUAAAAACUUUGACGAAGCUGAGAAAAUCGCCAUGGAAGCUGACAGAAGCGAUAUGGCAUUGAGCCUACGUGAGACUCUUGGAGACUGGUUCAGGGUUAUCCAGAUAUUAAAAAACGGAGUACCAGCACCGGACCAUCUUUUGAAAACUGCAUAUAACUGUACAGCUGAUUAUUUCGCGCAUUUCAACAACUGGGCAUCGGCAGUAGAAUACUACGAACUAGCCAAAAACACUCCUAAGGUAAUAGAAUGCUACUGCCAGCUAGAAGACUGGAAGCGCCUGGAAGCUACGAUAGAUACUCUUCCGGAAAAGCAUCCACUCUUACUGCCAAUUGGAGAUUAUUUUGCAGCGAACGCAGUUCAUAGUGAAGCUGUCAAAGCGUAUGGAAAACUCGGCAAAAUAAAGCUGGCCAUACAGCUGUGCAUAUCACAUAACCGAUGGGAUGUUGCGAUCGAGCUAGCGAAAACGUACAAUAUAUCAGAAAUUGCUGACUUGCUAUUGAAGUACACAGACCAUUUGGUGGAACAGGGCCAGCUUUGGGAGGCCAUACAAAUGAACUAUCAAGCUAAGUUUUACUAUAAUGCUGGACAGCAAGCCUUUAAGGUAGCUAAGCAAGAUUCAAUGAAAAAGGAGAGAAACCUUGUACGUAUUUAUAAAUACUAUGUUUACGCUGCUAAAUUGAUGGAUCUUCAAAAAGUCAAGUCAGAGGGAAGUGGUGACUGGCAGCCCGCGGAUCCGCACUUAUAUGAGAAUUCAUGGAGGGGAGCUGAGGCAUAUCACUACUAUAUGAUGUCUCAAAGAUAUCUCUAUAGUGGGAAGUUACAUGACGCUCUUUGCGUAUCAUACAAACUGCAAGAUUAUGUUAAAUACAUUCCAGAGAAGGACGUUUAUUUACUAAUCGCCCUAACAGCUUGCCUUGACAGAUCGUUUGAUAUUUGCUCCAGGGCUCUUAUCAAACUGAAAAGUCUGAGAAAUAGUACCCCUGAAGAACAAGAGAAUUACAAGAAACUUGCCUGGGAUAUUUUCAGACAAAAUGAACCAAAAAACGUCAAAGAAAAACAUUUGAAGUGUGACAGUUGUGACGCACUUGUCCCAGACUGGAGUACCUCGUGUGCACACUGUGGAGUCCAUUAUCCCAGCUGUGUAGCAUCUGGCAGGUCGAUUAUUGGAGGUGAGCAAAUAUGGAUUUGUAAAGAAUGCAGACACGCCUCAUUGAAGAGCAAAAUGCAUUUCCAAAAUAGUUGUCCUUUGUGUCAUGCAAAGAUUUAGUUGUUUUGAUUUUCAUUCCGAUUGUUCCGUCCACAACAAGCAAAUCAAGCUUUUGAGAUACUGGUCCAAAAGAGAAGGCCAUAGGCACCCGCAUCAGGGGGGGGGGCAGGACUGUGCCCCGCCACUUUUGAGAAUUUUCUACCCGCCGCUCCUCAAAAAGUUUUGGGGGCAGAUACACUUCAACAAAAAUUCAUGCGGGCACCCAUGGCAGCGGUCACUAUUUUGUCGAGCUAACUAUAGUCAGAAUCAAUUGCAACUGUCUCUUUCAUGUGAAAAUUGAAGCACCUCUGCCUGAGUUGAAUGAUUUUUUGAUUUAUAUCGCUCUUCAAAUUUUCCCUGGCGCAAAAUAUUGAUGAAAACUGGAUCUCAAAACUUGUUUUGCAAAGUUGUUUUUGUUGUAUGUUCUUUGUCCGUUGUUUGAAAUAAAAAUUCGUUUAUUUUUUGGUAGCAUUUUAUUAUAAAUGUCUGAAAAACACGAACUCUUAUAAAAAGUUGAAACUGUUGUGAAAGACUGCACUAAAACAGCGUGGAUCAAUAAAAAUGCUAAGUACCUAUUAUUGUUAA